AUGCUCAGUGGCGCGGGCAGGGCUCCGGGCGCGAGCCGGGCGCCUUCUGCACCACAUUCAUCCGCUGCCAAGGGGAGCCGCCGGGCGCUCGCAGGCUCCGCGCACGCUACCCGCCACCGACCCUGCCGCCGCGCCCCGCCGCCUCCCGGAGCCAUGGCCGGGCUCGGCCACCCCGCCGCUUUCGGCCGGGCUACCCACGCCGUGGUGCGGGCGCUGCCCGAGUCCCUCAGCCAGCACGCGCUGAGGCGCGCCAAGGGCGAGGAGGUGGAUUUCGCCCGCGCUGAGCGGCAGCACCAGCUCUACGUGGGCGUGCUGGGCAGUAAGCUGGGGCUGCAGGUGGUGGAGCUGCCGGCAGACGAGAGCCUCCCGGACUGCGUGUUCGUGGAGGACGUGGCCGUGGUGUGUGAGGAGACGGCCCUCAUCACCCGCCCCGGGGCGCCGAGCCGGAGGAAGGAGGUUGACAUGAUGAAAGAAGCAUUAGAAAAACUUCAGCUCAAUAUAGUGGAGAUGAAAGAUGAAAAUGCAACCUUAGAUGGUGGAGAUGUGUUAUUCACAGGAAGAGAAUUUUUUGUGGGCCUUUCCAAAAGGACAAAUCAACGAGGUGCUGAAAUCUUGGCUGAUACUUUUAAGGACUAUGCGGUCUCCACAGUCCCAGUGGCUGAUGCCUUGCAUUUGAAGAGUUUCUGCAGCAUGGCAGGGCCUAACCUGAUCGCCAUUGGGUCCAGUGAACCUGCGCAGAAGGCCCUCAAGAUCAUGCAGCAGAUGAGUGACCACCGCUAUGACAAACUCACCGUGCCUGAUGACGUGGCUGCCAACUGUAUAUAUAUAAAUAGCCCCAGCAAAGGGCACGUUCUGCUGCACCGAACCCCGGAGGAGUAUCCAGAAAGUGCAAAGGUGUAUGAGAAACUGAAGGACCAUCUGCUGAUCCCCGUGAGCAAUUCUGAACUGGAAAAGGUGGACGGGCUACUCACCUGCUGCUCGGUGUUAAUUAACAAGAAGGCCGACUCCUGAGCACAGAGGCCCGCCCUUGUCGCUGGCGAGCCCGCACUAGCAAGGCCCGUGACUCUGCCCCCACUCCCGUUGUUUUCCUUGACAAUCUACUGUGCCACUGUGCUACUAACUUCUGUUUACAAAGAUUGAAUUCUAAGUUUAAUUUCUCCAUGUCCUUCGUCCUCAUCCUUCCUCUCCCUCACGGUGGUACCUAAGCUGUGGAUUUGCUAAAAGAAUUAAGCAACCUAGAAAACAUAGAGCUAAUGAAUCAUUGGAAUGUGAUUUUAACAGGAAACACUCAUUUUAGUGUUUGUAUUAUCUGUGUGAAAAACAUUUCGUUGCCAAUGUAUUCUGGAGAAUAUCUUGAUCAUUCAGAUAAGCUGGGUUUUUUCUCUAUAUCAUGAAUCAUGUUCAGUUCCUGUGAAAUUCCCUGCUCCAUGGAUUCUCCCUGGCUUCCUCUUUUUUUCUUCUGAACUCUGGACACUAUUUUUUCUCUUUACUUUCGUUUGCCUUUAGCAUUUGUAUCACAGCCACCUUGAUCUUGAAUACAAUCCAGGGUCUUGCAGCCUGGAUACCUGCCUCGCAGGUGCACCCUGUCUGCCAUCAAUAUCCUCUGCCCCCUCCCUCUCUCCCCAUGGGCAAACGGGCUCCUCCUGUGACCCAGACCAGAGCAACUGUGUGGGGGGAGUGUCAGCCACAGAGAGGCACAUCAUGACAGGGUUUGCCCCACGACCUAAAUUCCAGAAGUAGGGCACCACACCUAGGAAGGUGAAUUCAGCACCAGGUAGUUGCCAAGAGAUCGUAGAUCAAGAAGUGUAGAAACACCUGUUGGUAAAAUAUCUUAGAAAGUCUCUAAGUCACAUGCCAUGAAUUUUUGCUUCAUUACUGGCUGUAAAGGCCCUUAGAGGAAAGGCUUAUCCUUUUCCUUCAGCCCAUUUCUCUUUCUCUCCACCUUGACUCACCCUCCUAAUUAUCCUGGUCUAGAAAAGCCAUUUCUUUCACAAGAAACAUCACAUCUAAAAAUGGUCAAGUGUGAGCUAGAGAAAAUGGCCCUCCCUGGGGCAGCUCUGUGGUCACCAAAGGGUCCACUCAGGAAAUGACCUGCUCGGGGCUUAAACCAACCUCAGACAAUGGGUGACUCUCCUUGGAAAUGCCUGUGAGAGUUACUGUGGAAUUCAGUUAAAACUUCCUUCUUCCCUAGCCUUCACCUUGCACAACUUUCAACCAACACGAUCUCUAACAAAGAACAAUGCCACAGUGCAGGGCGAGAUCUGAAAACUGGAAGAAUCCACCUACUAGCAGGUACUUUCCAAGAAUGGCAGCUGACUCAAGCAUGUUAUCAUACUUCCUAGUCGUCUCCACCUUUCCCGUGUUGCCUGUGACUCCUUGGUUAAGAAUCAGGGAGAUGAGCGGUGUCACUUCAGGUCUCGCUCCGCUUACCUCUGUGUUAGUAGUCAAACAUUCCCGAAGUUGGUGAUCAAGAGAGAAUGGCUCCCGUUCAUUUCAUCAUCCCCUUAGCACCCAGAAGAAACCCCUGAGAAAGCCAAGACAGCCUUAACCAUGCUCUAUCUUUUCUACUUAUUUUAUGACUUUCUGCAGAAAUUUGUAGAAAUUUCUUCUCCUUCUGUUCCUUGCCAUUUAACUUUAAAAUCCAUAGCACAUGCAAAUAUCUAAUGAUGUGCAUCCUGUGAUAGAACCAUAUCUCGGUCACUGUCAAAUUUCAAAGCUUCCCAUGGUGGAUGAAUGAUUUGUUCUUACCAGAGAGAAUGAAUGUUAGCCACAUGCUGAGAUUAAUAAAGGAAAAUUAGGGCUGCCCUUUUGGGUUGAAUCUAGCCCUACAUUGGCAAAAGCAGGACUUCUCCCCGCACAAACUCAGCAUCUCAAAAACAACCACAAGAAAAGCAACCCAUCGGUCAGUCAGUUUGGGCUAACUGGCAUGUGAUUUUUUUUUUUUUUUUUGGACAGGCAGAGUGGACAGUGAGAGAGAGAGACAGAGAGAAAGGUCUUCCUUUGCCAUUGGUUCACCCUCCAAUGGCCCCCGCGGCCGGCGCGCUGCAGCUGGCACACCGCGCUGAUCCAAUCCCUGGUCUCCCAUGGGGUGCAGGGCCCAAGCACUUGGGCCAUCCUCCACUGCACUCCCGGGCCACAGCAGAGAGGUGGCCUGGAAGAGGGGCAACCAGGACAGAAUCCGGCGCCCCGACCGGGACUAGAACCUGGUGUGCCGGCGCCGCAAGGCGGAGGAUUAGCCUAGUGAGCCACGGCACCGGCCUUGGCAUGCGAUUUUCAUAGCAUCCCUUCUGUCACCCCAAAUUUAAGAGCUGUUUUCUAUUAUGUUUAGUCAAUUGCAAGUAAAUAGAUUUUUCUUGAUAACAAUUUGCUCUGCAGAAAGCAGCCUUUCGUUUUUCCUUUUCCUUGCACCUUUUCCUCUCCUCUUGGUCUCAAAAAAUCACUUUGAAUCUGGGUGCCUGUUCCACAUCUUACUCUCACACCACAACAUGACCUUCCAGGCUUCUUUGGACUCCCUGUGUGAUAUGAUGAUGUGAAAACAUAAAGUACUUGUAGCAUAAUAGAAGUACUUCUUUGAUGUUCUCAGCAUAAGCUAUCUUUGAAAAGGAAAAACAUCUCUUCCAUAGGUUCCCCUCUUAUCCGUUGUGAUUUAUAAGACAGAUGAACUAGCAGGAACUGCUUUUUGACAUUAUAAAGACACAACAGAUUAUAUUUAAGUAAGUAAAAGUUGAGUCAGAAUUGGUUGGUGUGAUUUAGUUUAACAAAUGGGUGAUAUAGAGAAAAUACAUUAUUUAGCGUUUAUCUCUUCAUCAAUGAUGGAUUGCUAUAGAAAUCAGAAGGCAGACCUCUCUAAUGUGUAUUGAUUGUUCUUUUAAGCUGGUGUGAACAGAUUACUAAGGCCAUCUCUUCAUCUCGAAGGAGGGCAAUACUCUGUAGAGGAAUAUGUGACUUACAUAGAGUUGCAUGUUAAUCUUUGGAUUAUUUACUCUGUAACAUUCUAUAGAAUCCAGACACGAUUCCAACCUGGUGUUAGAGUUCUGCCUUUUAUUUUUCUGACCAUCUUGUUCCAGCCAAUAUAUGGUUAUCCACUGUGUGUGCCAAAACCAGUAAUGCCUUCCAUGGCCCUUUAGUCCAGAGAAGUUCUGCCCUGAUUGUAGUCUCUUGCUGUCCCGGUCCUACAUGUGUACCAAUCAUGAUGGAAUAAAGUGUGAGUUGUACUGUGA